UUAUCGCUUAGUUCUCUGUCACAUCUUCAAUAGUGAGCAUCUGUGAUGCACUCAUCAAUUUUUGGUGGUGUUCUAUUGGUCUUUCUUACACAGAUCAAUGGAACGAUGAUAUAUCCGGAACUGACGCUGACCCCAUUGACGAUUCUCUGUGCAUUUGGCAUACCCGUUAAGGAUCUUGCCUUCGAGACUGUCAUCUCUGGUUAUGCACUUCGAAUGCAAUACUUUCUGCCUAACAACGCGUCGCAAUCUCUUACUGAUCGGCGGCACAAAGGUGGCAUCAACUUAGGCUCCACGUAUCGUUGGAUCGUUUACCGUGGCAUCGAAAUGGUGCUCCAGCCUUUGGGUGUUCCAGGUCACGAAUGUCUUUUGCGAGUAAUUUGCGAACAUGCUGCGAUACCCUUAACCCAUGAGAGUGGAUUACUUGGAGAAUUGCUUCACAUUAUCUUGACUCCGUCGAGCUCAAUGGAUACGUUGGGAGUGGCGCCGGAUCGUGUUUAUCAGACAGCAGAACGUGUUGGCAGUCGAGGAGGCAACUGCGAUUUGCUCUAUGCCAGCAAAUGCCCAAGAUCCCCCAUGAACUUGAUAAGCAUACUACUGAAAGUGAACAAAUAAUGAAAUAAACAGAGAAAUAGAAGAGAAAAUAAUUUGAUGGUCUUUCUUAAAUGAGAACAUUCUUGUAUACAUGCUGUUUAUAUUCAUGAGUUGUCAAUACCAAAUAAAAAUUAGUGCA